AUGUCUGCCAUAUUGGUGCUUCUUCUUGUAUGUGGAAUAUCAUCUUCCAUUACAGCUGCGGAAUCCGUAGGAGUUUGCUACGGAGUACUUGGUGAUCCUCUGCCGUCAAAGCAAGAAGUUGUGGAUUUAUAUAAAAGCAAUGGCAUAGGCAAAAUGCGUAUAUACUCCCCUGAAAAAGAAACCCUGGAAGCUCUUAGAGGUUCAGGCAUUGAGUUGACCAUGGACGUGGCUAAGGAUACCCUUCAAUCUCUCACAGACUCCGAUGCUGCCAACAAUUGGGUGAAUACGAACGUGAUACCCUAUGCACAAGACGUCAAUUUCAAGUACAUCACUGUAGGAAACGAGAUUCGUCCAAGUUACACCGAGGCUCAAUACAUUUUGCCUGCCAUCACCAAUAUUCAGAAUGCAAUUUCAUCAGCCAAUUUGCCAAUCAAGGUGUCUACAGCAAUAGACUCCACUUUGAUCGGUAACGCCUACCCACCUAACGAUGGCGUUUUCACCAGCGAGGCAGAGCCAUAUAUAAAGCCCAUCAUCGACUUACUCAAGCGCAAUGGGGCACCACUUCUUGCCAAUGUGUACCCUUACUUUGCUUAUGUUGGUGAUCAACAAAACAUUCCUCUCUCCUAUGCUCUUUUCACCCAACAAGGAGAAAACAGUGUUGGGUACCAGAACUUGUUUGAUGCAAUGCUUGAUGCAACAUACUCUGCUCUUGAGAAAGUGGGAGCAUCUGAUAUGCAGAUCGUGGUUUCUGAGAGUGGGUGGCCAUCUGAAGGUGGAGUUGGAGCCUCCACUGAUAACGCAGCCACUUACUACGCUAAUUUGAUUUCUCAUGUCUCUGGUGGGAGUGGAACUCCCAAGAAACCUGGUCAGUCUAUACCGACUUACUUGUUUGCCAUGUUUGACGAAAACAAAAAGGAUGGUGAUGACUCUGAACGACAUUUUGGUCUCUUCACUCCUGAUAAAUCCCCCAAAUACCAACUCAGUUUCAGUUAG